CAUAAACAGUCAAGCCAAUGUCUCAAUAAAGUUUAUUUAAAAAAAUAAAUAAAAGUGCACUUGCGAUUUGCCCUUUGAAGGACGGUGGAUGUUGUUGGCUAAUCUUUCCAACAAACUCUACGCAUCCACAAAAAGGAAAACAACUGUAGCUGUGACAGUCUGAGAUGCCUGGGCCUGGUCCAUGGGUGUGAGCCGACUGGAUGUCUUUUACAGAAGGCUGCUCCUCACCAAACUCUUCAUCGGAGGAUGGGGGAAGCCUGAAGACCUCAAGAGAAUCUUUGAGUUUCGUAAAAUCAUCGGAGACAGAGAGAAGUGCAAGUCUCUGGUGCCUAAGGACUAUCCCGUUCACAUAAACAAGACAGAGGAGUUCACCGACUGCCACAUUCACGAUGGGUUCUUCAUUUCCCCCCUUGAGCACUUGGUGCCUGGGAUUUUGCCGCCAGAGGCCGUCAAAGCCAGGUUCCAGUUCAUAGUUCCUAAGAGGUGGCAGAAGGACAGACCAGUAUGUAUCCACUUAGCUGGGACCGGAGACCAUUUUUUCUGGCGUCGACGGACCCUGAUGGCCAGGCCCAUGAUAAAAGAGGCAGGGAUGGCUUCACUGCUCCUGGAGAACCCGUAUUAUGGCUAUCGCAAACCCAAAGACCAACUGCGGUCCUGUCUAAAGAAUGUGUCGGACCUGUUUGUGAUGGGAGGGGCCUUGAUCCUGGAGUCGACGGUGCUUCUCCAGUGGCUGGAGAGAGAAGGAUACUGGCCACUCGGAAUGACCGGGAUCUCCAUGGGAGGAUAUAUGGCGUCUCUGGCUGUCACUAACUGGCCGAAGCCGAUUCCUCUGAUUCCCUGUUUGUCCUGGUCCACCGCCUCCAGCGUGUUCAUCACGGGGGUUUUGAGCAGAGCGGUGAACUGGACCGAGCUGGAGAAGCAAUAUGCCAUCAACUCGGUGUAUGAAGAGGAGAUUAUUAAGAUGCUGGAGUACUGUGGGGCUGAUUCCUUUAAGAUGGGCCCAGAGCUUCUGAAGAACGUGGAGUCUUUAGAGCAUCUCCUCGACAUCUCCGGAGACCACGGUGUGUCACGGGUGGCUCAGCGCUCCACAGCAGGAGGGGAAGGUCGAGUAAACGUGUUCCUGUCGUCAGGGAACAGCAGUGAAACAAACGUGGACGCUCUGUCAAGAAAUCUAGAUGCUCAUAAAACCCACGGGAAGAAGAGGAAGUAUUCGGCCCAAUUCUGUCUCCCGACGUCGCACAGAGAGUCUAUAAGUUUCAUGAAGGGAGUGAUGGACGAAUGCACGCACAUGGCCAACUUCUCUGUCCCUGUAGACACCAGUCUUAUCAUUGUGGUCCAGGCCAAAGAGGACGCCUACAUUCCUCGAACUGGGGUCCUCAGUCUGCAGGAGAUCUGGCCGGGAUGUGAAGUCAGAUACCUGAACGGGGGACACGUCAGUGCGUACCUGUUUAAACAGAAUACCUUCAGGCAGGCCAUAUAUGAUGCGUUCAACAGAUUCUGCCUGAAGUAUCCAAACCUGCACUAGCCCAACAAGGCUGAAUCCGUGUAUUCCCUGUCUGCGCACCAGGACCAGAGGCUGGACAUGGAAAAUAAUAUAUAUAUAUAUAUAAAUAUAAAUAAAUAAAAACUAUGCCUUUAAGCCUCGUCAUCAUGUAUGACAGUUAAGAGACAACGAUGUGCCACGAAUUUACAGGCAGCUGCCCACAGAAAAAGUUCAGCCGAGCACAGUCACUUUGUCAUCGUUUGUAUCGGUUCCACAACAACAGGCUGAACGCGGUCCACAGAUUUCCACCGUUCUCCCUCACCUUUAAAAUGUAUGAUUAAUAAUUAGCUGUAGUAUAUUGUAGUGCGUCUAACGUACUUUUAAUGUCCUAUUGAUGUCAUUUGCAACUUUUGACCCCGUGUUGAAUUGUCUGUGAGAACACGCUUUUGAAGGUGGAGACCUCAAUGUUUUUGUUUUAUUGUGAGUCCAAUAAACAAGACUGACAAUCA